AUGAACGCUGCCGCCCGGGCUGUCGUCACCGAGCUACCUGACAUCACCAUCGCUUAUGGCGUCAGCGACGAAUACAGGUUAGCUCCUCCAUGCCACAUCAACAAUCUCUACAAUACGGCGUUCUGGGCUUUAAUCCAGCUCGGGAACCACGACAAUAAGGAAGCGGAAAAGCUUCUUGCAUACGAGCUUGUCGAACCUGGAACCCAUAAUACAGAGGCGGAAGCAGACGACCUUGCCGAACCCAUUGUCCAAACCAAGACACAGGCUGAAAAGGACAGGAAGAAGCGGGAGAAGGCUAGAGUGUUGAUAGAGCAUUUGGACAUCAUCAAGGAUGACUUCUGGGACAGGCGGCCCUGGCUUUUGUCCAACAAGCCAGGAAAAAUUCCGAAAGAAACAUAA